AUGGAUGACGAUUAUAAUGACAACGAUAACGACGAUUUCGUAGAUGAUAAUGAUAUGGAAGAUGUUAUUGAUGAUGAUCAACCAAAUGAGGAAGAAGAAGAUGAUCAAGGAGGAGAACGAAUUGAUCUCAUUGACACAAAUGGACAAGCCGUUCCUUCAUCAGAUCGUGUCACAACCGCUUUUAUGACUAAAUACGAACGUGCACGUAUUCUUGGAACUCGUGCCUUGCAAAUCGCUAUGGGAGCACCAGUUAUGGUUGAAUUGGAAGGUGAAACUGAUCCAUUGGAGAUUGCCAGAAAAGAAUUGAAACAACGUCGUAUUCCAAUUAUGAUUCGUCGUUAUUUGCCGGAUGGAUCUUUCGAAGAUUGGGGAAUUGAGCAACUUCAUUUGACCGAUUGGUAG